CAGAAAGAUACCGAACCGCAUGGAUUAGCAAAAAAGACCGCCCGAGAACUGGCCCGCUGACUGAUUUGGCCAUGACUAAGAAGUACCUGAACGGUAAACUCGCUUUAAGUGGCUUAGGGUUUGGUACUUUUUCAGUGGCGGGGCCGAUGAUAAGGCUAUUGUUGCCUGGGUGCCUCGAGGGACAACAAGUCGGGAUCUGGCUCGGUGUCCGGUUUGGAUCAUGUGACCGGUGGGUGGCGCUUACCAGUUUUGGCAAUUUCCCUUUUGGGCAGGCGGGCAUCUUUAUGGCCUUAAGAGCCAGGCAAUCAGGCAGUCAGGCAUCAAACGGAAGUAUAUUCCCGACUGUAUACCCGACAUCCUCUCUUCGCAGCAAUCUCUCGAAGUCGGGGGAAAUCAUGGAGACUCGAAACUCACUCAGACUACUAUGUACCAUUGAGGAACAGAAGAUUUCAGGAAGUUCGAUCUGCAACCUCACCGGAAGACGACCCUGGCCGGAGUCACCUCACCGCUGCUGUGCCGCGGUGGAGUGGAAAGCCAACGACGAUGCACGAUCCCAUGCAACCUGCAUGAUUGUCCAGAAGCCGCCAUGAUAUCUUCCUCUUCAAGGCUAAAGAUCCCACAGAUCAUUAUUGUCAACUGCCCUCGUGAGAUCUGGCCAUUAUCAACCCCUCCAUCGGUAGCAUGGCCGAGUCGUCCCAACCACUGGCGGGAUGCCCCACGUCCGGCCACCCUCCCGGCCAUCAUUUCUCUUCAUUAGCAAACAGCUUCUUAUCGUAUCCGACCAGCUGAUCGGGCAUGAUUACGCGGGAAGCUCGGAUAGGCACACACGUACCAUGGUAUACCACUUUCAUUCUUGGUACUCGAACCCCUCGCGAUCUCGUCUGGCUUCCCCAGUCAGCCUGUCGGGCAGGUCCCCGAGGAUGUUCCUCCAGAUAACAAGCUCCAGAUGAUACCGCGGGGAAGCUGGAUAGGCGGGGUCGUAUCGAUAAAUAUAAUGGUUCAUCUGGACUGGGAAGGGUAGCCAUAUCCAGAGUUAGACUCCCAAGACGCCAAAUCCGCCGACUACCUGGCACACACAAUGGCCCUUUCGUUUACUGGAAAGCCGAGUCCUCGUGUGGGAGAGAUCCUUGUUGUGGGAUGGAGUACACGAUGUGCAAAAAGGUCGACAGGGUUCGCACUGAAGCAACGAAGAUUCACAUCCACGCUGCAGAUCGCCCAAAAACAGACGGCACGAGAAGCUCCAUCUCUUCCUCCUUUGUCUGUCCUGCCUACCCGUGUCCUUCUACGGUCUCUUCUGGUGUCGACUAUCUCAUCCAAAUCAUGGCUACUAUACCCCUCUCUAUGGGUUAUGUCUAUUCUCUCCAAGCCGAACCGAGGCUUCUUACUUAAUGUGGACCGCAACCCUAUACUCCACGGCAUCUUGAAAAAGACCUUUUACGAACAAUUCUGUGCCGGCGAGAAUGCCGCCGAGACCAAAGCGACUAUUAAAGAGUUGAAGGAUAUGGGAUUCCGCGGUGUGAUUAUGACAUACGCCAAAGAGACCGUUUUUGAUCAUCGUACCAAUACUCAACAAGGACUGGGCGUUGCCGCUUUGGAGGCCGAAAAGAAUGGUGAACAACUAGAUCCUCGCCUAGCCCAUCGUGCCAAUAUCGAAGUAUGGAGGAAGGGAACAAUGGAAACGGUGGAACAGCUUGAAGCUGGGGAUUACCUUGCUGUCAAAUUGACCGGGGCUGGUCCUGCGGUCACCGAGGCCUUUUCGAAGGGUGACCUCCCCCCAACACAAAUGAUCAAUGCCAUGGAUGAAAUAUGCCAGAGAUGCAAGGAGCGCAACGUGCGGAUCCUCGUCGACGCCGAGUCCCAGCACUUCCAAUGGGGUAUCCUCCGAUUGACCCUCGACCUCAUGCGCAAGUACAACCGGGACGGAUACGCCGUCGUCUACAACACCUACCAAGCAUACCUGAAGAGCACAUCUGACACACUAGCCAAGCACCUUGCCAUUGCCCAGCAAGAAGGGUUCACCCUGGGCCUUAAACUCGUGCGUGGUGCAUACAUGGCCUCUGACGAACGAGGCCUUAUCCACGAUACCAAGACCGACACCGAUAACGCAUACAACACCAUUGCUCAGGGCGCUUUGAAGCGGACUGUCGGCGACUUCGGAACGACUACCCCCUUCCCCUCUGUUAACCUCUUCCUGGCGAGCCAUAACCGCGAGAGUGUCAUGGCCGCCCACAAUCUCCACAAGCAACGCACCCAAGCCGGACUUCCCACCGUCCCCGUGGGCUUUGCCCAGCUACACGGAAUGUCCGAUGAAGUGAGCUUCUCCCUUCUCGCCCUGAAGGGAAGCGAUGGAACUCCGGAGGUGUACAAGUGCUCUACCUGGGGUGGUAUGGGAGAGUGUUUGGCGUAUUUGUUGCGAAGGGCUAUUGAGAACCGCGAUGCGGUUCUGAGGACGAGUGAUGAGUAUAAUGCGCUCAAGGCAGAGUUUAAGCGGAGGUUGAAGGGUGGAUUCUCUUAUGCAACGCAGAAAUAAAGUAUUGAUGACAAUGCCAUUAAAUGACCUCACUAUCUUUGAAA